AUGACCACAACAAACAAUGCCGGAUGGUACCUCAUGAAGCACUUCAGAGGUCUCGCUAGUAGAAAAGGUGCCUACGUUCCUCCACUUAUUUAUAAAUGUAUGUUGAAGGUUCCACCACCAGUCAAGUAUGGUAUUCCUACAGAAUUUGGUAAAUUGAAGGAACUCAGCUUCCCUGAUGACGCUUUGAAGGGAAAGAUUGAAAAGAAAUCUAAACACAAGAAGCAACUGAUGAAGUCUGGUUUCACACCUCUUCCUUUCUGGUUCACCCGUAAAUUGAGAGACAAUGCUGUGUCAAGAGUUCGUGAAUUGAUGGAACAAGGAAUGACCGAAGAAGAUGCUAUUCAACGUUGGGACGAAGAAUUCAGCAGAGAAAUUCAAAUACAACAAAGAGAGUGUAAUUUGCUCUCCGAAGCUGCUCUUAAAAAUAAUGAAGUGCUUUCCGUUCAAGAUACACUCAACAUUUUGAAGACAAUAAGAGAUACACAAAAGGAACACGAUAUUAGACAAGGUAGAAAACUUAGAAAGAUUGUAGCUAAACUUGAAAUUGAAAGAAGAAAGUUGUUAGGACUUGAUAUUGAAGAAUCUUUAUUGAGAGAAGCCGAACAUGAGGCUGAAGUUUCUUUUGACAAAUUAUUGGAUGUUAAACAAGUUAGUCAAAGAAAUGCUAUCAAGAUUGAAAAUCGUGUUAACCAAACAGUUUUACGUAAAAUUGCUCAAGCCAUUGAAAUUGAAAAGAUUGUGAUAGAAAUUAGAGAAUUGAAGCGUCAAUAUGGUCCACAAAAUGCUGCUCUCUCAGAAGGAGAACACAUUUCACCAUUCGAUUUUAUUGGAGCUUAUGUCAAAUCCUUUGAUGUUAACAAGAUUGGAGCUACCAGUGCAGAAUGGGGCAAGGAUCGUGAAAUUUACAAGGCUUAUAUUGAUGGCAAGAAGGUUCACGACAUUUUGAAAGAAAAAUACGAAUUAUUGAAAGAAAAAUUCUCUCGUUUUGUUAGAUUGAAGGAAAUUAGAACGGAUUUGUCUAAAUUCUUAACUUCUAUCGAUGUUAUGAAUACUAAGACAGAAAUUGACAUGAAUGCACCAUUAGCUAAGUACUCUAAACGACCAAACAGUGAAGAUGAUCUUGAAAAGUUGUUAACUAAUUUGAACAUUGAAUCUAUGGAUCUCACUCCAGUUAUGGAUGAAUUGAAACAAUUUGGAUGGCAAGGAAUGUCCAAGAUGAAGGAAGACCAAGCCAAGAUGGAAGAAAUGUUCUUGAUGCUCGAGCUUGGUUGUUAUAUUUAUAAUUCUGGAAUUGUUGGUGCUUAUUCACCAAAGUAUGUUUUGAAGAAGGAAAACAACACAACUGAUCUCAUAAGCUACUUGAAAAAGUAAAAACCAGUUAAAAAUUUGU